AUGAAUGUUCCCGUAAAGCUUAGCGGCCGAUGUUACUGGGGAAAGCCAAGUGGGUUUGCAGGCUCACUUGUGUAUAUGCCCUUGACGGGAAGUGAGGACAGCACAAACCACUGCGGUACCCCGCUAACUUUUCUCGGCAAUAGUUACUAUGAACGGCGCUUUGGAAGGAAGUUACCUGCAUCGUGUGUUGCCUCACUUCCGCCUCUCUACCCUGGUGAUGUUGUUGUAAAGAGUACUUCCGCCACGCCAGCCUCUUUUCGUUCGCGUCGUCUUGUUGAUGUGACUGGAAUACAGACAAGUUUUUUUGACGCCUCGGAGCGGAAUCGCAGCGCUCACCGCAGAGUUGAUGACGUGAUUCAGUCCAUGCAUCUGUACGAUGGCCACGAGGUGCCGGAAUUGCACCGUGGAAGCGCUGCCGUGGGGAAGGUGAUGGUGUUCUGUGCGUACCCAACGGGUACUACAGCCCGGUCUCCUUUAACUCCCUCUUCAUUAGUUAUACUUGAAAACGCAGCAGCGUCGCUUCUAAAUCGGCGCUCCUCACUGUACCACAGUGAUUCAGAUGGAGUUCAGCUCGUGCGUGUCAUAGCGGAGAGCUGUCGUGCGGCUGCAGCCCAAGGACUCUAUCUUCGACCUGUAGUACACGACGGUUGUGUGCUUGCAGUGCGUUUGCACCGUUAA